AUGUCCCCUGGGAAGCGCCUCCCUAUGUUCUAUGGUCUGCAAUGGCUGUUUGCCCUAGGACUAUUCAACUCUCACAUUGCACUCGGUUGGGAGUCUGCGUGCUCGUCUUUCACGCUUCACGAUCUGACAGAUGUUGCUGUCUCCGCCACAACAUACUACGCCGCAAAUGCUACUGUGGAUUUAGCGACGAAUAUGUCGAGCAUCGACACAAACACCCUCCCCGGAUUCUGUCGCGUUGAGCUCGUGAUCACCACCAACACAACUGCAAAAUCGUCGUGCAACACGGAAGUAUGGCUGCCCGAUGAAUGGAAUGGCCGUGUCCUGACUGUCGGAAACGGUGGAUUUGCUGGCGGGGUCAACGUCGCAGAUCUUGGAUAUCUUGCCAUCGCCCAAGGCUUUGCAGGUAUAUCAACGGAUACCGGUCAUACUGGGGGUGUGUGGGUAGGGACGUGGGGUGGUCCGUAUAAUGAUAAUGCAAUUGUCGAUUGGGGAUGGCGUGCACUACAUCUGAGUGUAGUCACGGGAAAAGAAGUGGCAAACCAGUACUACGGCCAAACACAAAAAAAAUCGUAUUAUCUUGGUUGUUCAACUGGUGGACGCCAGGGGCUGAAGGAAAUUCAAGCAUUUCCUGAAGAUUUUGAUGGCAUCGUUGUGGGCUCCCCAGCCAACUGGCAGACGCACCUGCAGGAUUGGUCGAUCCACAUGAAUCUCGACGUUCAACCCGCGUCACGCUUCAUAAAUGCAUCACAGUGGAUCAAUGUCGUCCAUCCGGAGCUGACGGACGGUAUCAUUAAUGACCCGAGAUUUUGCGACUUCCGACCAGAAACCCUUGCUUGCCGUCCUGAACAGGACCCAUCGACAUGUCUCACUAUCCCGCAGAUUGAAGCCGCUCGUCGAAUCUAUGCAGAUUACUACGAGACCAAUCAGACGUGGAUAUUCGGGCCCUAUUAUCCGGGAGGGGAGGUGGCCUUUCCCGAUGGCCUUGUGACCGAGGCUCCUUUUGAGCUUGGUCAGGAUUGGUUCCGAUACUUUGUUUUAAAUGACACAGAAUGGACGAUUGAGCAAUAUAACGCAUCUCUUAUUCCUAUCGCGGACGAAAUCGAUCCUGGACAGUCUAAUGCGAUCGACCCCAACCUCACUGCAUUUGCAGGUCCAGAGCACAACGGCAAGGUCCUGCACUAUGUUGGAUGGGCGGAUCAGCUAAUCAGCCCGGGAAAUUCGCUGCACUGGUAUGAGACCGUGUAUGCGUUCACCCAGGCAUAUACGGGGUUGGAAAUGGACGAAUUCUAUCGAAUGUUCACUGGUGGAUAUGGUGCCAAUGCGUUCGGCGGCUCGCAACAAGCGUCGAGCAGCAUGCCCCCUCUGUCGAUGGCUCCGGAAUAUAACAUCCUUGCGGCAAUUGUGCAGUGGGUUGAGGAAGGGACUGCACCGUCCUCGUUGUAUGCGGUUUACUGGAACAAUAACAAUGUGACGGAUGGUAUUGGAUUUGUGCGGCCAUUGUGCCAGUAUCCAAGGAGUUUGCGCUAUAACGGAGGAAACCAAUCUACUCCCGAAGGAUUUACAGACAACAUGAUAGGCAGGUUUGGGCAGCCGGAGAGCUCGAACCAGCGCCAAGCCAAUCAGGACGGGCGGAUUAUGAGUGUGCAUAGAGCCGGCUGUCCGCCGGACCUCUUUGUCCCUCCUCCUCCUCCUCCUCCUAGAACUAUAUUUCAAGGCAUGGCCAGCCUACAGCCAUCCUCGCCGCCAGAGAUCACCGUGCUGUACUUUGCCGGAGCGUCGACCGCAACGGGACUCACCACAGAACGCGUGCGUCUUCCGCCAUUCGAACCCGCAUCCGCCUCGCCGCCAGGUUUCCCGCUAUCCGCACUACCUCCGUACCUCGCCGCACGCCAUCCGAACACGACACUCGCGGCGGUGCUGGCGCAGAGCAGCUGGGCCGUCAACGAGGAAAUGGUGGAUGAUCCCGCUACCGUGACUCUGCAUGGAGGAGAGGAGAUCGCUGUCAUCUGCCCCGUCUCUGGCGGAUGA